CUUUCCUCUCUAAACUUUUUCCCUCCUCUCUCUCUCCCCUCCUUUUCUCUGACACAAAGAGCGAAGCAGAGAAUCCAGAGUCUCAAGGGGGCGAAGCAAAAGCCAAACCCCCAUCUCCAAACUAACCCACCAAAACCCUAACCCUCCUCUUUCUCCACCCACUUGGUGAUUCCCAAUGGAGAGGCCUCCCUUCUUCCUUCUCCUCCUUUUAGUCCUUCACCUUCUUUCGCUCCCACUUCUCUCCUUUUCCAAGUCAACCAUCGAGCCCUGCACCGGCUCCGACUCCUGCCCAGCUCUCCUCGGCUACACCCUCUACGCCGAUCUCAAGGUCUCCGAGGUGGCCGCCCUCUUCCAGGCCGACCCCAUCGCCGUCCUCACAGCCAACGCGAUCGACAUCUCUGUCUCCGACGUCGAGAACCACAUCCUCCCAGCCGGCCUCUUCCUCCGCAUCCCCACCCUCUGCUCCUGCUCCGACGGCAUCCGCAAAUCCGUCUCCACCCGCUACAAGACCCGCCCCGCCGACACCCUCACCUCCAUCGCCAACUCCAUUUUCGCUGGACUUGCCUCGCCCGACCAGAUCCGUGAGGCCAACAGCAUUUCCGACCCGUCUGCCCUCGACAUCGGGCAGACUCUCCUCAUUCCCCUUCCCUGCACCUGCUUCAACUCCACGGACAACAACCUUCCUGCCAUCUACCUCUCGUAUGUUGUCAAGGCUGGUGACACUGUGACUGCCAUCGCUACCAGCUACUCGACGACAGUCACCGAUAUCAUGAACGUCAAUGCUAUGGGAAACCCUGCGAUCAGGCCUGGUGAUAUAAUCGCCAUUCCGUUGCCAGCAUGUGCUUCAAUGUUCCCGAGGUAUGCAUCAGAUUUUGGCUUGGUUGUGGCAAAUGGUAGUUAUUCAAUCACUGCUAGUCACUGUGUCCAAUGCAGUUGUGGACCUGGAAAUCUCAAUUUGUACUGCACACCAGCUUCAUUGGCAGUGUCAUGUUCUAGCAUGCAGUGCAGAAACAGCAAUCUGAUGCUUGGAAAUGUUACUGCCCAACCCACUAGUGCUGGUUGCAAUGUCACUUCUUGUUCUUAUGGUGGUUUUGUGAAUGGAACCAUUAUGACAACGCUAACUACUUCUCUUCAGCCUCGAUGCCCAGGACAACAUCAGUUUCCUCCAAUCAUACCACCGCCAUCAACACUCAUCCAUAAUUCAUUUCUCGCUCCAUCACCAUCACCAGUACAAUCACAACCUGGUGGGGCUAUGACAACACCAAAAACUUCGGGGUCUGGAACUUUCACUCCUCCUGGUGCAUCUCCUGCUAAUGGUCCUUCUGGAAGUAUGUCGGAGGCUGCCAUCGUUAAACCCCUGAAGCACAUUCUAGUAGUUUUUAUUUUUUGUCAGGUUCGCACCUUCCGUCUGUAAUGGUGAUGCAAUUUUUUAAUCAAAUGUUUGCUGAACUGUUGAGUUUCCUUCUAGCUGGAUUGACUCUCCUCCUGUUGGGCUUGUUAGUUGUAUUUGGCCUUUAUGCUAGACUCCCUUUGCAUGAGCUGAUCAGGAAAUCAUUAACAUGCUUAUGCUGUGACCCGUGUGCGAAUGAAUAGUUAUGAUACCGAGGGGAGGAGCCAGGACCAUCUACUCCCAGGGGAGUUGUGAAAAUGCAUCAUCACAGAAGACAAGAACGAACUAUUAUUUGCUUAAGGAAGAACAAACCCACAAACAGAGAUUCCAUGGAACAACCCAUUCAUGGCCAUGCAGUCGAACGUUUGAGGUCUGACAAUUAUCUCGGAUCCCACAAGUCUAGAUUGAUCGUUUGCCCCUGCCCCUUCUCCUGGCGCGGCUGCGACGUUUGACUCUUUGAACAUUAUGAUUGCUAAAAGAAGUUUAUGCUACCUGAACAUGAAAUAUGAUAAAUUCAGAAUGCUCCAUCCAUCGUGGCGUUAGCACCUUAAUAGUUAUUUUAUGCAUGUUUGUGUCGGGAGGUGUAAAAACAGUCAAUAAAUCACUCUAAUGUGGAUUGUGGAUUUUUACGAUUGUGUCUAAAGAAUUUUAGUCUUGUAUUUGUUAGAUGGUAAAUUGCUAACUAUACAAUUUCAAUAAAUAUAAUAUUGGAAUUUGGAUAU